AUGCCGCCCACAAUUUUCAUCGUCCCCGGUCUCUGGGAGGGGACCCAAGUCUUCAAGCCACUGCAGCAAACUCUCGAAGCAAGCGGUCUAACAGUCCACAUCUGCGCCUUGCUCAGCACCGGAACCACUGCAUCGCAAGGUUUAACUGUAGUAGACGACCGUGCGGGUAUUGCACAAGACCUUGCUCGCGUAGUCGAGCGCGCUGGCCAUGAUGGAGUCAUUGUGUUCCUCCACUCAGCGGGCGGAUUCCUCUGCUGCGACGCUAUGAAAGGUCUAACAGCAAACGCCUUCGAUGCAGCAAAUAAAAAGGGAGGGGUGAGACGAAUUGUUUUCAUGUCGUGCGCGUUGGGUGUAGAAGGGUUUGAGACGAAGCCGACUUCUACGAUGGAAUUCUCUGACGGUUAUUUCAGUCCCGUCGACCCGCGAAAUUCUCUCUUCAACGACAUGUCUGCAUCAGUGGCGAGUAGAUGGACUGCCGCACUGCAGAUCCAACCAGCCGGAUGGGAUGGAGUUGUGAGGUAUUGCGGAUGGCGUGAGGUCCCGUCUGUAUACAUUGUGCUUGAUAGCGAUAGAGCUAUAGUGCGUGAGGUACAGGAGGAAAUGGCUGAAUUGGCGGGUAGCAGAGUUGUGCAUUUGGAUGCAGGGCAUAUGGCUCAGUUGACUCGGACGAGUGAGGUUGCUCGGAUUAUUGGAGAUGUUGCUGCGGAAUUGGCUUAG